CGUAGGCGAUUAGGGGCGGCACGUCGGCAUGCCUUUUCCAUGGAGAUCCCAUUUCAAAUGGGAUCCUUCUGUCGCUGAGAUUUGCUUAUAAAAGAGCACGAAAUGGUCAACAGGUGAGUCAGAGGAUUUCCGGCGGUGAGUGGUGAAACAUGUGAUUGUUGACCUGUGACCAGAAGAACAACGUGCCAACAGGAUUAUACGGUAGUGAGUUUAGAGCGAAAGUAUAGCAAUGCUGCCGCAAGUGACACUGUAUUUGCUGGCAGCACUGAGCGGAUACUGGUGUAUGGAACUGACCACCGAUGAUAGUGACGAUAGUUUGGUUAAAAUCAUCGAGGGCUGCGAGUGGACUAGCCGGCAGAAUGUGAUUUCGGAGAUCCUGCUGGAUCGGUACCGGAAGUAUGCGAUGUACAACUUUUUCCUACUGGACGAUGUGUGCGCCGUGCACGAGUGGAAUAAAAACCUAAAGGAUCCGGAAUUCAGUGAAAGUAGUGAAGUCGAAGAUACAAAUCCUCCGAAUGCUCAGAACACCCAGGAGCACGUCCCAGGCGACAAUCACCCACCGCCAGCGGCGUUCAACCGUCCCGUCAAUUCGUCCUGCACGAAAAGUGCCAAGGAUUUCUUCAUCUGUCUCUCGAACCAGCUGGGCGAUCCCACCUUGAACGCAAUGCUGCUGGACAAUCUGGAGCUGGCCUGUGACCCGAGGUACUCGCCGGCUUCGACGACCCAGAAGCGCAACUCCAAGUACGUCUCCAAGCAGAAGUUCUACUCCUGGGGUGGCAAACGGAACAAUCCGAACGUGUUCUACCCCUGGGGAGGCAAACGGAACACGGGCCGGGUGCACCGGCAGCCGAAGGUCGUCAUAAGGAACCCAUUCCAUGCGUGGGGUGGAAAACGCAAUCUACGAGACGAAAAUGUAUUUUGAGGAUCAUGCUGAUUCUGGCAUGUUGCAAAGCAACAUCAGCCACACAUUUGAAAGGGAUAUGGCCGAGAAGUUCUGGGUUACGUUUUGAUGCCAUUAACUUCAGUUUUUGUAGGUAUGCCAGUUUGCCAGUGUAUGUUCCAGUUUCACCAAUAAACGAAAGCAAAUAAAAGCACAGCUUAAGCACAAAACUCUGAAACCUUCGUUGUGUUUAUUU